AUGUGUGUUUUUAAGCAAGUGACAGACCGACAAGAAAAGCAAAUCUGAAGAGAAGCUAUACUCCUUUGUGUGGUUGAAAGUAAAGAAAAGAAAUGAUGGUGAACAUUAGCCUAUUUAUUAGAUGCCAAGUAAUUAGUUCAAGAGAAUAUGUCAGAAAAUGAAUGACUUAUGAUUUAUUUAUUUAUUUAUUUAUUUAUUUGAAGAUUUGGUUGACUACUAACAUUGUUUUAUUAUUAUUAUUAUUAUUAUUAUUAUUAUUAUUAUUAUUAUUAUUAUAAUCAUUAUUAUUGUAAAGAUUUGCAAAGGACCAUGUCCUCUCAAAAUCUUUCAAUAAAAAACAUUUCUGAGUUUGUAAUUUCAGGAUUUGACACUGUAGAGCACAAACUGCCAACUGGAGUUGUUUUACUGGUGGUCUAUGUACUUGCAAUGCUUGCUAACACUGCAAACAUAUGUUUUGUUGCCAUAGACAAGCGUUUGCACCAGCCCAUGUACAUUUUCCUAUGCAAUUUGUCUUUAGUGGACAUGUUGUAUAGCAGCAGUACCUAUCCAAGUAUGAUCAGCAACCUUAUUGUUGGUUAUAAAACCAUAUCUUAUAUCCCUUGUGUUCUUCAGAUGUGUGGUUUUCAUUUAGGUGUAGUAAUGGAGAUGUUUGCUAUCGCUGUAAUGGCACUGGAUCGUUUGAUUGCCAUAAGCAAUCCUUUACGUUACCACUCCAUUUUAAACACCACCCGUACUGUUGUAAUUUCUGUUUUGCUGUGGAUGGUGGCUAGUGCUAUUUUGACCGUCAUCCCAGCUACUGUUCUUCCUCUGCCCUUCUGCUCUUCCACUAUCCAGUAUAUUUUUUGUGAGUAUGCUUCUCUUGUGAGGGCCACCUGUGUGAAUCCAAAUCCUUAUUUUAAUAUGAUAUCCACUGUGACUUUUGUACUGUUGUUUGGGACAUUCGCCUUCAUCUGCCUGUCCUAUUUAAGGAUAGUGAUCACUGUUAUGAGAAUGACUUCAAAGGCCGACAAGAAGAAAAUGUUUCAUACGUGCUUUACUCACUUGAUAGUGAUAGUUUGUUUUUAUGCUCCGAUGUUCGUACGAAUAGUCUUGACCCGGAUUGGUGUGGUUUUAACAUUAGGGGAACGUAAUGGACUACUGCUAAUGUCCAUCAUCUGCCCUUCUCUAGUAAAUCCUUUCAUAUACUGUUUCAGAACCAAAGAAAUCAGAAACAAAAUUUUUAGAAUUGUGUCAAAAGUUGCACCUGAAUAACUUGAUGAAGCACAGACAGUUUGUGAUCAGUGGAUGAUUUGUUCCUAGAUGUUUCUUACUGUGAUUUGAUAUGUAAGCAGUUUAUUGUGCCAUUUAAAAUGUUGGGGUCAGUAAGAACUUUUAAUGUUUUUAAAAGAAAGCUAUUUGAUAAACAAAUACAGUAAAAACAGAAAUAUUUUGAAAUGUUACAAUUUAAAA